GGCGGGUCCGUGGGGCUCAGUGCGCACUUACGGUGGAGGGGAAAUCCAAGAAAGAGUCGUUCCCACAACAGUAAUGAAUGGGAAUUUGGAUUUCCACGAAGUUUGGAGAAACUAACAUCGCAGCAUUUCGUUUCCUGAGACAUCACUUUUGCCUGAGACUGAAAGAAGAGCCCCGAAUCUGUUUUUCGGUCCAAACUGAAGGACAGUUUCUGAAAAUGGGGAAUACUGAAAGUGUGGACGGCCAGGGAGAUGUAAAGCCUCACGUCAUGCAGUUAAGAGUGCCGAUGCCCGACAGCGGAGAGCUGGAGGAGCGCUUUGCCCUAGUCUUGAGUUCCAUGAACCUGCCUCCGGACAAAGCCAGACUCCUUCGGCAGUAUGACAGCGAGAAGAAGUGGGACCUCAUCUGUGACCAGGAGCGGUUUCAGGUGAAAAAUCCCCCUCACACCUACAUCGAAAGGCUACGCGGGUACCUUGCUUCUGGAGUUGCUGGAAAGAAAUUUCGGCGACGAAUUCAUGAAUCUACAAAGGUGCUGCGUGAACUGGAGAUUUCCCUCAGGACCAAUCACAUUGGGUGGGUCAGGGAGUUCCUCAGUGAUGAUAACCGGGGUCUGGACGUCCUCGUGGAGUACCUGUCCUUUGCCCAGUCUGCUGUCAUCCACAGUGAAUUAGCCAGUAAGAUCAUGAAGCACCCCCGCCAUGCUGCCCAAAAAGACGACGUGCACGUCUGCAUCAUGUGUCUACGAGCCGUAAUGAACUACCAGUAUGGCUUUAAUAUGGUCAUGUCCCACUCACGCGCUGUCAAUGAAAUCGCACUUAGUCUAAACAACAAGAACUCUAGAACAAAGGCCCUGGUGCUGGAACUACUGGCCGCCGUGUGCCUGGUCAGAGGGGGCCACGAGAUUAUCCUGUCCGCCUUUGACCACUUCAAAGAGGUGUGCCGGGAGAAACAGCGCUUCGAGAAGCUCAUGGACUAUUUCCGCAGCGAGGAUGGAAACAUCGAUUUCAUGGUGGCCUGCAUGCAGUUCAUCAACAUUGUGGUACACUCAGUGGAGGACAUGAACUUCCGGGUACACCUGCAGUAUGAGUUCACCAAGCUGGGCCUGGACGGAUUUCUCGAGAAAUGCAGGAACACAGAGAGCGACAAGCUCUCCGUGCAGAUUCAGGCUUACCUGGAGAACAUGUUUGAUGUGGGAGGCUUACUGGAGGAUGCCGAGACCAAGAACGUGGCUCUUGAGAAAGUGGUGGACCUGCAGGAGCACCUCUCCCAUGUGACAGAGAAGCUGCAAGAGGUGGAGAAUGAGACCAUCAUGAAAGUGGCAGACCUGGAGAAGCAGCUCCUCCAAAAAGACAAAGAUCUGUCUUCCAUCAAGGAGACGUAUGAGGUGGCGAGUUGCCAGGUCAACACACUGAGACGCAUGAUUGAGGAGAGAGACGUCGCCUUCCAGCAGCAGGCCAAUGUGGAGAAGAGCCUAGAGGAACGUGAGCAGCGCAGGACGCUCCACCUUCGCCCACAGCCAGAAGGAGAUGCCCCCAGAUGUGCCCUAGUAGGAGGGAGUGAAGACCUCAAUGGGGGUGUGGAGCCCAGGGCUCCAGGGAGCAACUGCCCCACCACUGUGGAACCACAGCCUCAAGCUCCACCCCCACCACCACCUCCCCCACCACCUCCACCCUUACCUUCCACCUCAGGGGAAGGUAUGAUGAUUGUGGGUCCUCCACCGCCAGCGCCGCCACUCCCCGGAACAUCACCAUCCGUCAUCCUCAGUGCCGGCCUAUCAGCCAUUAGAAUCAAGAAACCCAUCAAGACUAAAUUCCGACUGCCUGUGUUCAACUGGACGGCCCUCAAGCCCAAUCAGAUCAAGGGCACUGUGUUUAAUGAAAUCGACGAUGAGCGAGUUCUGGAGGAGCUGGACCUGGACAGGUUUGAAGAGCUUUUUAAAACCAAAGCACAAGGCCCUAUGAUGGACCUUAUCUGUCCCAAGGGCAAGGUGUCCCAGAAAGCGGCCAACAAAGUCACCCUUCUAGAUGUCAACCGCUCCAAGAACUUAGCGAUCACACUGCGCAAAGCGGGUAAAAGCACAGAGGAGAUCUGCAAGGCCGUCCAGCUGUUUGACCUGAAGGCCCUGCCGGUAGACUUGGUGGAGUGCUUAAUGCGGCUUCUGCCCACGGAGGCAGAAAGCAAGCUGCUCCGGCAGUACGAGCGUGAGAGACGCUCCCUGGAUCAGCUGGCCGAGGAGGACCGCUUCAUGUUGCACAUCGGCAAGAUCGAGAGGCUCACACAGAGGAUGAACAUGAUGGCGUUCAUGGGCAACUUCGACGACAACUUCAACAUGCUAAUGCCGCAACUCAAUGCCAUAAUCGCAUCAUCUGCCUCAGUGAAAUCGUCCCCUAAGCUGAAGAGAAUGUUAGAGAUUAUUUUAGCCCUGGGGAACUACAUGAACAGCGGUAAAAGAGGGUCGGUGUAUGGGUUCAAACUGCAGAGCCUGGAUUUGCUGUUGGACACAAAAUCCACGGACAGGAAGAUGACUCUUCUUCACUACAUUGCUCUCAUCGUGAAGGAGAAGUACCCUGAACUGGCCGUUUUCCCCAGUGAGCUACACUUUGUGGACAAAGCAGCCAGUGUUUCCCUGGAGAAUGUGCUGCUGGAUGUGCGGGAGCUGGCUAAAGGCAUGGAGCUGAUCCGUAAGGAGAGCAGCCUUCAUGACCACGCAGUGCUCAAGAGCUUCCUGCAGAUCAAUGAAGGACGGAUGGAGAAACUGCAGAAGGAUGCCAAGAUGGCGGAGGAGGCGUUUGGCAGCGUGGUUCACUACUUUGGGGAGAACCCAAAGACUACCCCCCCCUCCAUUUUCUUCCCUGUGUUUGUACGCUUCAUUAAGGCUUACAAGGAUGCAGUAGAAGACAACGAGCAAAGGAAGAAGCAAGAGGAGGCUUUACGAGUGAAGCUUCUUGCUCAGGAGACCCAGGAACAGGACCCAAAAGUACAGGCUCAGAAGAAGAGGCAGCAACAGCAGGACCUGAUUGUAGAGCUUCGCAGAAGACAGGCCAGGGACCACAGGCCCAUGUACGAGGGCAAAGACGGAACCAUCGAGGACAUCAUCACAGUGUUGAAGAGCGCCCCCUUUACAGCCCGAACUGCCAAGCGGGGCUUGCGUUUCUUCUGUGACGACAGCGCCUGAUAGUCCCGCCCCCCUCCCCCCCAGGCCCACGGCAGCCUACCCAAUCCCGGUCAAGAUCUCAGGAGCCAGCCCUUCCGGCGGGCUGACGCCGUCAUCAGGAGUGGCUGGAAACGUCCUUAAAACCCCCUGCAUUAAGCUCAAGGCUCCACCCCAAAGGCCCCCCAUCCUCCUGCCGGAACCGUGUCUGUCAGUCCAGUUUCCGGACACUCUGGCCCGCAUGCAGAGUGAAGCCGAUGGGACUGAGACUGGACCACAAACGGCACACAGACCUCGAUGGACUAUUUUUUGUAUUAACAUGUGACUCUAUGAUGUUUUCCGUGUAUUGUGCAAUGAAAAGCAAGAUUAACCCUGAAAUGGCUGCACGGGCAUGCUGCGCUGCUGUGAUGCGGCUUGUGCGGAGGACACGCACUGCUCUCCUAAUGCUAUGUUCCUGCAGACUGUGCUGCACGACUGCAGAGAUUCUCCUCUUUCACCGACGUGCCACCUUUUCGCAUUUCCCGUAAAGCAAGCACCUUGAAAAGUACUGCCAAAGUUUUGUUUCCAUCUGGAAUCUUUUGAAGCAGUUUGAAUAUUUUUGUACUCCUUUUGUUUAACAAGUCCUAAAAUAUUUAAUACUGUAAAAAUAGAAUGGUGAGUAUACUCUGGCUUUAAAAAUCGCAAAAUGGUUAUUUAAGGAGGUAAGCAAAACUGUUAUUGUCGAAGACCUUCGGAAUGGGGUCGAGGUCACAUGGUUCUACAUGAGGAACAUUCCAUCAGCUCGGUCUGGGCAUUCCUCUGCUAUAACAAGGGAUACACUGAACUGGACUGCAAAGCAUGGUAACAAAACGUCUGUCACACUUUACUGGAGUGGAAACAGAUAAUAGCACAUGCCUACUUAAUGCAUUAACUAACCAGUAACUAAGUGUUAGUUAUGUACUGAUCCCAUGCUUGUUCAUCAUUAAUCAAUCAUGAGAGUUCAUUUAUUCCAUUCAGGAACUAUAGUAACAGUUAACUCCACUCAGUUAAUGAUUAAUGCAUCAAGUGAGCGUGUAUUGCUAAAUUAUUUGUGUCCCCUCAAGUAAAGUGUUACCAAAAUGUCUUCGUAUGUGUAGAAGUGGACCAGGACAGGCCACUGGACGUUUGGUCAUGUUGUCAAGUUGUUUUUUUCCACAGCUGUCUUGCUUUUAGCUGGAUUCUGGGAGGACUUUAUGCUGACACACUUGCUCUAACGCUUUGCUAGGAAGUGCGUUUUAAACAUGGGGCCUUGGAGCCAGAGGCAACCUGUUCACUAAUGACACAGUGCUCCUGUGCUUCACAGCAGGGAAGGGAGCCACUGCUUCACUGCAUCUGAUCAUAAACACUGCAUUCAGGGAGGAAUCGCAGCUUUUGCAUUUAAAGGGAAAAGGAUGCAUUUUACCGGUGUGAAGUUCUUAUACUAUGGACUGCCUCAAAGACACUUUCUAAUUUUCUCCCCAAUAAAAACUUAAGGCUUUUAUACAUGACCAUGUUUGCCCUCCAAGACUGUCUUCCCGGGUGUUUUUUUCUGUCCAAGCACACAGCAGUCUGCUGUAUGGUCCAAAGGUGUGCAGUUUCGGUGCAUCUCUAAACAGUCCUUAGGUGUGAGUGACUGUCACAUUUGGGGACCAAAAUGUCCCCAAAGUGUGUAAAUACCUGAAACUUCCUUACUCUUGGGGACGUUUUUCAGGUCCGCGUUUGGAAAACCUCAGUUUUAUAAAUAUCUGUGAGUGCAAUAAAAAAAAAGUAAAAAUGCCAAAA